AUGUUUGGUCUUUUCGGCGGCAAGUCCUUCGACCCUGAAAAGGACAUUCCCGAUCUUUCCGGCAAGGUCAUUAUCGUGACAGGAGGUACGCAUCCUUCACUGGCCCCGAGCAUGAAUACACAGAAGAUACUCAUGAUCUGUNNAGGAAACACUGGUCUGGGCAAAGAAUCAGUCUUGCAGUUUGCAAAGCACAAUCCAUCGCAGAUCUACCUGGCUGCACGCACGGAGUCAAAAGCCAGAUCCGCAAUCGAAGACAUCAAAAGCCAAGUCCCGGAUGCCAAAGUCGAAUUCUUGUCUCUGGAUCUGACGGACUUCGAGUCUGUCAAAGCCGCUGUUGACUCCUUCAAGCAGAAGGAGCAGAGGUUGGAUAUCCUGCUUAACAACGCUGGCGUAAUGGCGAUGCCUUAUAGCACAACCAAGCAAGGAUACGAGAUCCAGUUUGGGACCAACCAUAUGGGUCACGCUUUGCUGACCAAGUUACUCAUGCCUGUACUGCUCAAGACAGCAGAGGAUCCCAAUGCCGAUGUCAGAGUCGUGUCCUUGUCGAGCGAAGGACACAGGCUGGCACCUCGCAGUUGUGGCAUCAUCUACGACCAAGUCGCUGCCGAAACCUAUGGCACUUGGCCCCGCUAUGGCAGUGCAAAAUUGGCCAACAUUCUACACUCUCGCGGUCUGACUACUCGCUACCCCUCCAUUACCGCUGUCGCCGUGCACCCAGGUGUUAUCCAGACGGAUUUGUUUGCAUCUACUCAACGCGACAACAUGCUCAUCAGAUAUGGAAUGGCCGCUGUUGGUGGAUUGUUCAUGCAAACCAUACCUGAGGGAACCAAGAACCAGCUUUGGGCUUGCACGGCAGACAAGGAAGAGGUUAGACAAGGAUAUUACUUCAAGCCUGUUGGUAACAACAACUCAGGCACUAGCUGGGCUCAGGAUACGAAGAAGGUCGAGGAACUCUGGGAGUGGACGGAGAAGGAGCUGGCCAAGCAUGGAUACUGA